AUGCAAGACAAGGACAUUCCAGGAAAGCAUAACAAUAGUACAAGCCUGACAUUGAUAAAAGGGCGAGUGGCAGUUUUUCAGAUGCAUAAACUUGAACUAAAGCCACUUGAAUCAAUACAGCCAAGCCUUUCUCCUGUAUUGCAACAAAAGAAGGUCGAGACUAGUCUAUUCAAAAAGAUAUUAUAUAGUGAUAUGCUGGACUUGAAGGAUGGAGCUUCUUUAAUUACCGACUAUAACGCUGGCAUUCGACAAUCAGAUUAUCUCCAUAGCAACAUGGAAUUGGAGGUUACAAAUCAAAAAAUCAAAGACAUGGCUGACGUUGUAAAGAAUGACACACCAGUAGAAUCUCCAAUUGGACAGACCACAUUGUCAGAUAAUCAAGAGAUUUCCACGGAAAAAAUCAAACAACCUACAACUGUCAGUAAGCAAAUUGCCUAUUUUCAACGUCUUCAGAAAGAGCAAUGCAUGCAGACCGCAAUACCUCGACCUCGACUGUGUAAUGCAAGAAACUCUCCCGUUUCAGCAACUCCCUCCCUACUAUCCAAUGUAGCUGAGCAUAAUCAGCCUUCAACUUUUGUUGCCAAAACAUGCUUUACACCCAUUACAGACAAUCCAACAAUCAUGCCUGCAUCCAUAAAUACAACAGACACGGUCACAUCACAACCACUUUCGUAUCCACCCACGCUAGAUUCGCCUUCCUCUGAAACCGUAUACUCUGCUCAAAAGUCUUUAUCUGAUCAUCCUUCAGCCCAAUAUGUAGACGAAGCACUAUCCACAUGCGUAGCAUCCUCUCCAUCUCUAACACCAACUCUUUAUCAGGUGGAUUUAUCCGUAGAACCCCAGCUCUCUCGUGUGUGUACAUUUGGGAAGAUAUACAAAGAGGUUGGUGAUGAACCUACAAGUGGCUUAACCAUGAUAGAUUCAAGCUCGAUCUUCAAAUCCUCGGAAAAUGCAACAACAAUGCCGACACUAAACCAAACAACAGAUGCACAGUUUGAAACGCCGUCGCAUUUGCUCAAAGUGGAAGCUGAUUCAUCAAUGCCGCAGACACAUGGACUCGCUCUGAAUGUGCUCAACGGCAAUGUUCAAGAACAGUCUGGAGAUUGCAUUGUUGAUAACGAUUACCAAGAGAAUGUGAUGGGUUCAUGUGCUGACUCUACGGUCAUGGAAUCUAAAACUAUACCGACGCUGUACAUUCAAGACUCUGUAUCCGCCAUGGCGUCCAGUUCAGCAUUGAGUUGCUCUGAAAGCUCGACUCUAGACGCCAAGAAUCCAAACAGUCGAGACAGCGGUCAUGCUUGCAAAGACAAGGUCCCAUCUGACAGCAACAGCGAUAAGGGAGAGAUCGCCCUUGACAAAGCAAAUGGUAUGUCUUGGUUUUUAUACUGA